AAAAUAGAUUUCCAUUAGUCCGCGGUGAAUGUGUCGCUCGCAAUGGGGAGGCCGGGGAGGGGGAGUGACAGAAGUUGCGCGGGCGAUUUUGAGUGUAGUUUGGCAGAUUUCCUUAGCAGACUCCUGUCUUAUCUCUAGUAGGCACCGUUCCCGCUUAUUGGGGUGUGAUCUUGUUAAGCCCGUGUCAUAGCAACUAAUAAUCCCCCUGCAACGCCAUGGACAGACCGGCGAGGAAUAAGAAAGCUGUGGAUUAUUCACAAUUUGGAGACUUGGAUAAUGAUGAUGAGGAUUUUGCUUUCUCUUCUGCACCUCCAAGCAAAAAGCCUCGGGUGGAGAGCAAGAAAGAGAAAAAGGAGAAACCAGUAAAAAAGUCUAAUAAAGAAGAAAAUUUGUUCCAGCAGACAUCCCCAGGGAAAAGGCUUCCCCUUGAUGAAAAGCUAUACCAGAGGGAUUUAGAAGUGGCUCUGGCCCUUUCUGUACAGAAGACUACAGCCAUUGUAGAAAGCAGAGAGGAGAAUGGAGUGGCAACAUUCACUGAUGAAACGAACGAGAGGGCUGAUUAUUCAUUCUCAAACUGUAGUGUAGACAGCAGUACUUUAGGCCUGGAUGAAAUCACCAGUGGUAACGAAGAUCAACUCAAUGGGCGAAAUCGUAGACAAGCUGCGUCCAAAGCCAUCUUCGAGCAGCGCAAGCUUUUGGCAGAUGACAGUGAUCAUGAUGAAGUAGGAGAUGAGUUUAAACCUGAUGUUGCUUAUGAUGAAUCAGAAAGUGAAGAAGACUUCAGUGGGGAAGAUGAAGAGUUUGAUUUAAAAAACACCAAGAAAUCCAAAGCAAAUAAAGGCACUAAACAAAAGGCCAAGAGCGAAAAGAAAGAGAAAAGCCUCCCCAAGCCCAAAAUUAACGCAUAUCCUGUAUCCUCUCCUGUGCCCACUAAAGCAAAAUCUCUGCCAGCAAAGAAAACACCAACCCCGUCACCAGCUCCUGUAAAACAAGCCAUACAUCAUAGUCCCUCAGUGGGGAUGAAGAAACCUACAUGGUCACCACCAGCUACUGUAGGAAGUGUUAAACACUCACUGGGAGGAGUCACCGUAAAGUCUCCUAGCCAAGGUCUGCGACUGGGACUCUCAAGAUUGGCGCGGAUCAAGCCUUUACACCCAGCUGUUGUCAAACAUUAGUCUGUGCACAUUGGUGGAUGCAUCUCUGAACUGACAGAGGAAUUUUAUGGAUAUUUAUAAAAGAAUAUAAAUGUACAUUUUACCUUCAAUUUCAUGAAUUCCCUGCUCCAUUUCUGCAGGGAAUACAAUUAUUUCCUGGAUUCUUUCCUCUACAUCCCUCUGAUUAGAGAAUCGUAAAAGUUGAGAGUAUUUUUGAAUUGAAUGAUUUUGGAAUGCCAGGAACUCUCGCUCUACACCGAUUUUAGGGAAUGGAUAACUUCUUUUUUUAAGAACUUGUGAAAAUGUAUAUGCUCGUUCAUGAAAAGUGACUUUUUUUGCUAUACUGUUUUUAUAAAUGUAUUUUAUAUGUCCUGUCUUUAUCACUCUACAGUUGUCGUCAGACUUUUUCAGUUCAACACUUGGAGGUCCAACUUUUGGCCAUGGCCCCCUUUAAAGAUAUAGGAAAACAUUUGUGCAUAUGCCAUAGUUCCUAGAAUAUAUAGGCAGCAAAUUAAUUCCCAAUAUCACCCUAAAUGACCUUCAAGCUGGUCUUUCAGGUAUCUAGGACAGCAAAGCCGCCCCCCCCAAAUCUUACCCUAACUGGCACUCAAGCUCCCCACAGGAACUGCUGAUUUAUACUAUUCAUGUUGUGAUUAUAAAGCUCACAAUUGCCCAUGGUCCUACACUUUAUCUAUUUAUAUAUAGAUAGAGAACUGACGUUUCGGCUGUUACACCAGCCUUUAUGAAAGUGAAACGGUGCAGUAUGGAACCCCCAUUAAUACAUAUAAUGGUUGGCGGGAACGUGUGAUGUGACUCAGACCAGUGACGUGGUAGUAAGUAACCACCCAAAUCCAACAUGCAUAGUGGAAAAAAUAGAAAAUCCAGAAAAACUCACUCCUCACAAGCGACAUUCAUUUUUCAUCUGCUUUACUUCUAUUUACCUGUUUGUGGCCAUGCUAUUCCAACUCUUCUAUACUCUUAUGUGACUACUUGACAUAAAUAAGAUACAAAGAUUUGCAACAAUGUUUUCUAAGAAACAAAUGCGAUACGAGGAUUUGCAACAAUGUUUUUUUUAAGUAACCGCAGUACUAAGCUGUAAUAUUUAUGUCCCUUGAGAGGAGUGAUGUUUUUUUCACUAUACAUGUUAGAUUUGGGUGGUUACCUACUACCACAUCACUGGUCUGAGUCACGUCACAUUGUGCUCACGUCACAGGUUCCCGCCAAAGAUUAUGUAUUAAUGGGGGUUCCAUACUGCACUGUGUCAUUUUGAAUAAAGGCUGCUGUAACAGCUGAAAUGUCCGUUCUUAAAUAAACUUCUGAGCGAUGUGAAUGAUCCAUAUGGCAACUUCACCCAGGGACAUUCAGCUACCAGAGUCACCUGUGCCGAUAUUUCAAUUAUUUAUUUAAUAUAUACACCUACAUUUAGCACAAACAUUUAUGGAUGUAAUAUUGCUAACUUUACGCGCUCUGGUAUGUUUCCUUUUUUAUUUAUAUAUCUGAUCUCUGUGCACUUGUCAUGUUGCCUUUUUUAUGUUCUUUUCUUUUUGCGGGAACAAAUAAAUGAUUUUAAUUAUA